GAUUUCUCGCAUGUGCCAGAUACGCAUUCUUGAAUUGCUACCAAGAAACAGAAAGGAGAAACAGAAAACGACAUGGCAAGUCGAAUGAAGGCAUUGUACAAUCAGAUCUCCCUGGCUGCGUUUCGGUAUUCACUGACAAUACUGGCAGCACUGUGAGUCCGUUCCGAUGUACAUGGCAAUAAGCUUUCAGUUUUCGUAUUUAUAUAUGACGUCAUAGAUUUUGUCGUCACCUCCUAUUUUCACUACUACGGUACUCGAGGUGAGGCAGUUGCAGUAAAAACAUGGCGGGAAAGUUGUGCCUUAUAGACACAGAGGGCAACAAUGAUGAUAUAUAAAAUAGUUCUAAGUCGUGAAGAUGCGGAAAAAGCACGAUAAGACAUGGUUUCUGCAACAUUAUUACUGCAAGAGGCUGGAAAAAGGAAUACUAUGCGACCUACAAUGUACAACCUACCUUGCAAUGCAUCGCUGACUAUUAACGAAAUGAACAUAAAGAUGAGUUUCAUAACGGCAGAUGUACUGUGAAACAAUACUGGGAGAAAAUAGCAAAGAUUAUGCAAGACAAAGAAUAUGACGUAACAGGCUUAAAAUGUUCAACGAAAUUUCAAGCUUUGAAACAUACGUACAAAGGAAUUGUGGAUUAUCACAAUGACGAGUCGUAAAAAUCCUUAGAAAUAUUUUAAGGCAUAAUAUUUUGUAUAUUUUUAAAACUUAUUUUUAUGUAAAAAAGCAUUUGCAUGUUGUUAUAUAUCUGUACACUUAAAAAUUUUAUUAUAAAAAUUAUAUUUAAUUAGAGAUUAAUGUUAGAUUAAUCAUAGAUUAAUUUUUGUUGAUUUAAUUAUAAAAAUAAAUGUACCCUCUUCCUCUCUCUCUCUCUCUCUCUCUCUCUCUCUCUCUCUUUCUCUCUUUCUUUCUUUGCUUUAGGAAUUAUUUGUGGAUGAGCCGUGGAUGCAAUCAUUGGCAGUGGCUAGACUCAUGUUAAUGAAAUUAAAGAAGAAAAAGUGGAUAAUCUAUCAGAAAAAUGUUAUUUUUGAAAGACGACUUCUUCUGGGUUGUACUGCUCUUGUGGGGCUCUCGAUAUGCAUAUGGUCCGUGGCUAUAGGAACUGAUCAUUGGUUCUCAAUACGAUCACCAAAUGAUCAAGGUUUACCUCUGGGAGGUGCUGGUAAAGUUGGCAGAAGAUUGCUUUAUAAACACACGGGUCUCUGGAGAAGCUGUAUCAACGGAUUGGUGCCCGAAUCGGAAACUUCUCCGAAAUUAGUGGAGUAUAAUGAAUGCGAUUAUAUAGAUAUGUUUCCGACAGACUUAGAAAUAGAAUUAGAUAAAAGUUUGAAUUUGAAAGUGCUGAAUUACGCCAAGACUCAAGUCUCAUUUGCUGUAAUCAGUGUUUUCGUAAUGGUGAUGGGUUUUUGCUUCUCAAUUUAUACAUUUUUAAAUCCACGUUAUAUGUUUAAGCGUCUUGCUGCAGGAAUACACUUCAUAACUGCCGCUUGCAACAUGGUGGUGAUACAAGUGCUACUUUCUUCAAUCGAAUACGAAAGACGUCAUGUCUUCGAAACUUUUCCAGAGGGUGCAUUGGUGAAAUAUGAUUAUUCGCUUAUUCUUGCAUGGAUCGUGUUUUUGUGCAAUUUUAUGUCUGGUCUUGCCUUCUUGAUUUUCUCAAGGAAGAGAAAGAGAGAUAAAGCACCUACGGAAGAAAUAGCUAUGGCUGAUGAACCAACAAUAAUUGGACGUUGAAUUUCUCCUGUUACCGUUAUUGUUAUCAAUUUCAUUCUUAUUGUUCAUUAAAAUUAAGAGAUUUGAGCGUGAAUUAUAAAUAAGGCUAGCUAUGUGAAUAUGCUUAUAAUUAACUUUCAUAUAUUUUUUUUUUUAUUACGAAUUUAUUACCGAUAAAAAAACAGCUAUUGUACAUAAUAUCAGAAAAAGUAUAACAAAUAACAUAUACAUUAAUUAAUAUAUCAAGAAAUUUUGAAGAAUUUUAUAUUUUGUGCAAAAAAAAUGUAGAAAAUUAUGAUCGAUGUAUAUACAUAUUUUUAUAAUAUAAAUAUAUGUAUAUAAAUAUAUAUAUAUAUAUAUAUAUAUAUAUAUAUAUAUAUAUAUAAGAUGUAUAUAAAGGGACUGAAUAUUUUGUAAAUAUUAAAAAAAAUAUUUAAAAAAGUGCUUCAAAUAAAAAUUGUAACGUUUUAGGUAAUGUAUAAUAAUAUUAUUGAUCUUGAAUUACUUUGAGGAUUCCGUAAAAAUUAUUCUGAAUUUUUUAAAU